AUGACCGGCUCCUGCUGCGGCUCCACCUGCUCCUCAGUCUGUGGGGGAGGCUGCUGCCAGCCCUGCUGCCAGCCCUGCUGCCAGCCCUGCUGCUGCCGUGACCCCUGCUGCUGCCGCCCCUGCUGCUGCCAGACCACAGUGUGCCGCCCUGUGACCUGUGUGCCCCACUGCACACGCCCCAUCUGUGAGCCCUGCCGCCGCCCCAUCUGCUGUGACCCCUGUGGGCUGCAGGAGGGCUGCUGCCGCCCCAUCGCCUGCUGCCCCACGUCCUGCACGGCCGUGGUCUGCCGGCCCUGCUGCUGGGCCUCCACCUGCUGCCAGCCCAUCUGUGUGCAGGCGCCCUGCUGCCGGCCCCCCUGCUGCCAGCCUGCCCCCUGCCGCAGCACCUGCAGGACCUCCCCCUGCUGCUGCUGCUGA